GAAACUGAAGUUGUCACACAGGAAACUCCCACUGUGUUCUCGUCAGUGUUCAUGAGGUACGGUCUGACAAGAAGGACGCAAUGCCAGCAGACGGACAAAGGAAACGCUGCCAUCACUAAAGCAGCAUAGGCUUUCAGAUGAAGCUACACAGCUGAGUGACUUUCCAGGGAUCUGCUAAGAAGCAAAGCAGCCUUUCGCCCCUCUCUCUUCACAGGGGUGAUGGCUCUCUUUUGGGUUCUGCUUUGGUCGGUGCUCCCUGAUCCGGCUCUCUUCUCUGAUUUGAAUCAUUGUGUCGAUGAGAGCAGCAGCUCACAGGGCGUAUCAACCUUGCUGGAGUCCUUACAGUGUUACAACGAUUACCAGUCCCACGUCCACUGCCAGUGGAAGAAGUAUGGAAACACAACAAUGCAGCUCUGGUUCAAGACAAAUAGUGGCAGUGAGCCGUGUGCACCCUCUGAUGCUGCAAAUACAGCUGAACACGGAAAUCUCCACUGCAGAUAUGACACUGUUGCAUUCGGCAUUGCUACCCGCCACACUGUGUUCUUCCUCAACAACAGCACAACGAGCCUUUGCUCAUCAACCCAAAACAAGUCCGUGGAUCUUCUUCAGCUCUUGAGAGCACGUCCGCCUGUAAAUUUGUCCUCACACGAGACGGGGGACGGAGGCCAGAGGCUGCAGUGGUCCAGCCCGUACCCUUCCUCCUCCUCCCUGAAUAAAAACUUUACCUACCAGCUGAGCUACAGGAAACAGGCAGAGGACAGCUGGACUGUCCAGGAUGUCACAAACACCAGUCUGAAACUUGAGAGGCAACUGUUGCUUCCAGGCUGCAGGUAUGAAGCCAGGGUGAGGGCACGGGCCAGUGUGGGCCAGUGGAGCAGCUGGAGUCCUCUGGUGACUUGGCAAACUAAAGACGAUUUUGGGCAGGUUCCCACUUUGCAUUGUGUACUGGAAGGAGAGAGGGAGGUGAUGUGUAGCUGGGAGGUGAGCAGAGAGCUGGCUCAGCUCAUCACCUACCAGCUGGCAUGUCGACACAAGCAGACUGCGCUGUCUGAGAGAUGCUGCGAUAAGCCAGAAGUUAGCAUAGACCUCAAUGGGAUGGUGGUACGGUACAGCUGUUUGCUAAAAGUCACACACGCUGAACAUCUGCAGCUAAAUCUCCAACCGAAACACAGCACCAAGACUUUUAAAGCCUACCAACACAUCCAGCCGUACCCUCCACAGCAGGUACAAGUGAAGAAAAGGGGCAAUAACUGGAUCGUCAAAUGGACUGAACCAGCUUCAGAUCUCAGACUGUAUUAUCAAGUCUGUUAUCACAGGACACAAGACCAGGGAUCUUAUAGACUACUAAACAUUUCAGAGGGUGUUACAUCCAUGAUAAUCCUGGGAACAUCCCUUACCCCACUCCAGGACUACCAGGUCAAAGUCAGGUCACUAGUAGUCCCUGGAGAGGGCUCUCGCUAUGAAGGAAUUCCUUCAAAGUGGACCGAUCCCGUGAAAUGGACCUCAAAUAAAGCAACCUGGUCACCAUCCACCCUGAUCUACAUCCUCAUUAGCGCGCUUGUGGCCGCAGUCUUCCUGACACUUUACUGCACUUUUCCAGCUUGUCGAAGGAAGGUUGUGCUGUGGAUGGACUCAGUUCCUUCUCCAGGCAAAAGCAAGAUCCUGUCUGACAUUAAGUCCGCCAGCUGUCAGACCUUCAUACAGAAUGAGAAGACCUUCAUUUGCAAAGUUCAACACCUUGACAGCAUGUCUGCAUGUUCCUCAGAGGCUCUGCUGUGGCCAUCCAAGGACACCGAAAGCAAGUGUGGGGAUCAGGAUGAGGGAUGCUGGGGCUGUGAUAACCUGCCCUCCCCCGCUGAGAAGGUCUCUGACACAUCUUCUCUGAGCUUCAGUGGACCAUACAUCUUCUGUCAGGCAUCAGACCAAACGCCCAGGUCAGGGAAAGUCCACGGUGAGGAGAAAGACAAAGAAACUCAGCCCAACGUCUCCACACCUCCUUCCCUUGUACCUGCCCCUCUUUACAGUGACAAUUAUGUGCGUCUUCCCAGCUCGAGGUCCAUGCAGGAUCUCACAUCUCAGUGCAAUAACAGCACCAGCCUGCCAUGGUAUAACGAUGCUGAGCACAGCCAAGUCAGCCCAAAUUCCACAAUGUGGCCCAUUCAGUCAAGCAACCACUCCAGCCUCCGCGAGCUCACUAUCCAGGAUCAACCUCCAGAGUACACUUCAGAAACUUUUAGCCCCUGGCCUCAGAUGAGCAACGUUCAGGCCUCAGGGUACUGCCACCUUCCCACAGCCUUCAUAACCACAAAAUAACCAGCAACAUGCAAGAGACAAGCCUUUUACAAUGGACAAAGCCGGAUUUCUGAGGACAUGCAAUUUGCAAUUUCUUUCUUAAAAUUAUUUUUCCAUAAGCUUUAAACUUUAUUUCAAAUGGCUUAUUUUACACACAUUUUAAGGCAUUUUUAAAACCUUUAUUGAGUCGUAUUUGACUUAAGAUCAGUGAGCCAAGCUUAAUGCAGGUAUGAUAGGUCACAUUCUUGAGAGCAAAAUAAUUUAUGCUAGGAUCCAACCCCUGCUGAAAUUUGCAAAAAAGACGCAAAGUUUACCUUUGGACAGGUGUUCUGUCAGAGCACUAACGCAGACAGACAGACACACAGACAGACAGCUAUGCUUUCUCACAAACAGUAUAAUUAUCUCUGGUAUAGAAACUCACUUUAAAACUUUACAUAUCUAUAUAUAUAUAUAUAUAUAUAUAUAUAUAUAUAUAUAUAUAUAUAUACUACCGUUCAAAAGUUUGGGGUCACUUUGCCAUGGGAUUCAAUAGGGAAGUGACACCAAACUUUUGAAUGGUAUUGUGUAUAUAUAUAUAUAUAUAUAUAUAUAUAUAUAUAUAUAUGUAUAUAUAUACAUAUAUAUAUAUAUAUGUGCAAGAUAUAUACAUAAGCAAGAGCAGCGUUGGUGCUGCUGCUGGUGGUUGAGCCAAAGAAAAUACAGAGUGUGAGUAUCUGCUUUGUGUUGAAGUGAAACUAAGUGUUGUAUAAUGAUAUAAUUGUCCUGUGCCACUGUUGCCUGUGUUGUGUCUUUGCUAUUUAUCCUUUCUGGCAUCCAGAUAAGAAUGUUGUCACAUGUAUUGUCAGAGUGAUGGAGCAGAGGCCAUUUCCUGCUCAGUGUCUCUGUAGCAGCUUCAUGAAUUAAAGGGGGGGUACUUUGCUGAAAUAAAUAAUUUUAUUGGGUAGACCUGUUCAAAUGCUUGUUAACAGGAAUAGCCAGUCAGUUACAAAUAUUGUAACUCAAAGUGAUUUGCAGAAACAACAGAAAAAGAGAAGAACCAAAAAAAAAAAGUAUUUUUGUGUCAAUCUUUUUCUCUCACUUUCUCACACAUACACACAUAUAAACACACACACACACGGAAAUCAGAAAUCAAGCCUUCAUAUACAUAUAUUUAUUUGGCUGAUUCUCACUUUUAAAGAAACCAAUUGGUUUUGUAUUGUACAUCGUUGGAAAACCUGAUUGGUCACCUUUACGUUGGCGUAUACAUUGAAAGGAUCAGACUUCUGUUGAACGGGCAACACAGCUAAUUGUGUGGCUAAAUCCUUGGAAUAUUCUACUUAAUGCUGAGCACAGUAGCCCCAGUAGGGGUCAGUGUUUAAAAGCCUGUGGCUAUUCUACUUUGUAUCAGAGAAGGUACAGUGUAUAGUACUGUAGGUUAAACAUCAGGCUUUUCACUUUAAAGUAAAUGCAGCUUUACAGUCAAACACUAGAUGGAGCUGCUUAGUCUCUUGGUACCUAGUUAGCCACUGUACUGUGCACAGCUCUCUGAGGUUUCAUCACCCCCUCAUGUGGUUUUAAUCUGACAAGAUAUGCUGUUUUUACUCAGAGCAGCAGUUUACUGUGUGUAUCCUGUCUACUCACUGUGUUGGUGGGUUUUAAAAGUCUUGGCGUUAUGCUUUCGUUGGAGAUUAAGCUGCAGAUGUUCAGUGUUUGUGAGCAUGCAGUUGUGUCGUAUCACUGUCCCACUCAGGUCUGUGCUAGUUUUUGGGUUCUUAAAGGAAAGGAGGGAUGGUGAUAACUGAUGAACCUUUUUCAGUUUGAAAUGUGAUGCAUCACCAGCUUUGUGCUAAACUCACAGUUAAAUGUGCCAGCUGGUGGGUGAUGAGUUGAGCCAGCUCUCUGCUCAACCAGCUGCACGUCUGAGCAGAGCCACAGAACCGCAUGUUUGGAUGUACAGGAUGGUGUUUGUUCCUUCACUGACCAGAGCUGAGAAUAUAUUCAAACCCCUCUGAAAUGAGAACUUGUCAGCUACUCAUUCAGUGCGAU